GUCACCACGACGUGCUUGAUUCCUGAGAGUCGCGUUCCCUUUAAGAUACUUCCAUCUCGGACGGGCCGGUCCCAUUAUUUCGCAUCCCGCUCAAGAGAGAGAGGCAUCUGUCUUCAAGCUAUUCAAGGAGACAAUACUCUUCCCAUCCAACGCCAUUUCCGUUCAUCUCAACCCCAACCACACGGCUUCCCCUCACGCACGUGCACGCGAUGGGAGACCUCGAACUAUUGUCCAUGGUGGACGAACUACUUCUGAACAUUAUAGAGCAAAUCGACGACCACGCGGCUCUAUGUAGUCUUUCCGCGACCUGCUCGCGAUUCAGAGGCCUAGUUGAACCUUUCAUUUGGCGAAAUCUAUUGAUCCUCAAUGGAGAUCAAGCAAGUGAAAUUGCGCUCUCCCUUCAGAGCUGCCCAGAACGUCUGGCGAAUAUCCAAGAGCUAGCCAUUCACUACAAGCACGAUGAUGCUUCCGGUAUUGGACGUCUGAAUCCUUUCAUCUACGACAUGUCUCGAUUGCGCCAUCUGACGAUCGAAUCACCUUGUCCGAACAACGGCGAAUGGAGACACGAAGCGGUGUUCACAGCUGAAACGAAGAUCGAUUACUCGACCCUAUUCGAAAAAUCAGUAGCUCGUGAACUUUCAUCGCCGCCAUUGCAGAUGCUCCAAUCAUUGACGCUCCAUGGCCAUGGGAGGUUCAAUUCAAAGUUCAAGCUCGGAAGCGUUGCAUACAUUUUCUUCCAUCCCACCAUUUUGGAUAUCACCAUUUCGUGUACCAACUUUGAGAUCGACGAUGGCAUAGUAGACGCCAAGAAGAUACCAAUCCAGAGCAUGAAGUCAACGGCACUACGGUCACUUAAAUUCAUCGAAUGCAACGUCUACCUGGACAUGUUGGAAGUGGCACUGAGUCUUCCCAAAGCCCUCAAGGAGCUCCACGUCGGCGAACGAGUAUUCGCGUGGGACGACUGCGUACCCAAAUCCGACAAGCCCAUGACCGGACACGCACGCUUUGUCGACAUCCUCCAACUCCAAGCCAACUCGCUCGAAUGCCUCGAGCACACCGGCGGCCGAUACAUCAACCCCGCUCGGCCCACGUCAGACCCAGCAAAUAGCAGAAAGCUAUCUCAGUUCAAAAACCUCAAGCAUCUAAAAGUUGACAGCCGGUCCGCUCUCCUCAAAUACGUCACCGAAGACGGUUGCCCGGACUCCCUGCACACCCUGAAGAUAACCGACGACGUCGAAGCCGUGUGCCUCGUCGCCGUCUUCCAACCCCUCUACCUCCACUUCAGCGACUUCCUCAAACGCAUGUGCACCGUCGCCGCCAAGCUCCCCUCCACCGUAAACAUCGACAUCUGCUUCUCGCACCACUCGCGCGGGCCCUCCCUCGCAGGGAACAUGUACUCCUUCUGGACCUCGCGCCAGGGCCGCAAGCUCGUCUACGACAUCGCAAGCACCCUGCAAUCCCACAACGCGCGCCUCCGCAUCUUCGCAGAGACAUUCCUGAAGGGGAUUUCGUACAUCGAGCCGUACAUGUACAGCGAGGAGCGGCCAACUGAGGAGCUGCUGUACGACUCGCAGAACUACUGGUCUUUCUCCAGGACGGAUUACCAGAGCGUGGAUGAUAAGAAUUUGAAUGGCGGAGAGUCGCCCGUGGAUGAGGAGGACGAGGAGGGGGUCGGAUCGUUUUUCGUCGGGAACUGGGCGGAUAUGGAUUUCGGGGAGAUGCUGCUCAACGGGCUUGUGAAUGGGGAAGUACAUCUCUAGGGGAACUGAUGUUCAAGGAGACAGGCUGCUAUGCAAGAGCUGCGUGCAACGUCCUUUUCUGACGGCUUUCCCCCGGUUUUCCUCUUACCACGCCCUUCCACAUCGAAUGAAUGAACGAGCACCCACGAUUACGUUUUUCCUGCGAUCAGUUUAUGUUUCCUUGCGGCGUCGGUAAUCUUUUUCUCUCUUAGUCCUUGAUUUCAUCUGCUCUUCAAGUCCGAUAUGGCGUUACUGGUCACGGCUGCGUUUGUUUGCAUAUGCAGGGAGGCACCUUUUGCUUUACAUCCCUGAUACGCAUUGAUUUUAACAGUAUAAUUCUCCUAGGAGAUGUCUCAAGAGGCGCGUUUGAACGGGUUCGGUAUGCCAUUAGCUAGGGUAUCUAUCACUGAAUGAAAGUCUACGUC